AUGCUUGCAGAUCGCAUAUGCUCGCAGAUCGCAUAUGGCACAUGCUUGCAGACUGUGUAUGCUUGCAUAAUGCAGAUGCAUGCGCAUAUGUAUAACAUAUCGCACAUAUCGUAUAUUGCAUAUCGCAUAUUGCAUAUUGCAUAUCGCAUAUUGCAUAUUGCAUAUCGCAUAUCGCAUAUCGCAUAUUGCAUAUUGCAUAUCGCAUAUUGCAUAUCGCAUAUCCCAUAUCGCUGCAUAUGGCAUAUCGCAUAUUGCAUAUUGCAUAUCGCAUAUUGCAUAUCGCAUAUCGCAUAUUGCAUAUCGCAUAUUGCAUAUUGCAUAUUGCAUAUUGCAUAUUGCAUAUCGCAUAUCGCAUAU